AUGCUGGAUUUCAUGGACUACAUCCAGUUCGCCUUCGCGGAGGCUACAAACUGGAAUCGUGACAAUUCCUACCUCUCACUGACUACAACCGCGCAAUCGCUCCUCGACUUUUCUACCCCGGAACGACUCCGUGUUCGUGCUUCCUCGCUGUCCACUCCGCAUUUCGCGACCAGUUAUACCCUUGGCACUGGGGGCAUGCUCGAUGGAUCCGUCUCAUACCUCUUCAGCACAGUUCCCCUGCAUAAUACUCCCAGCCGGAGUGCACUGGUUCCUCUCCGCAAGAUUUCUCCGGGUUAUCGCCAGGUAUAUGCGCCAGUGGCCCCUAUACAAACAUGGGAUUGGGAUACAAUCCUAGACAAAGUCAGCAUUCCCGGCUUCAAGGACGGAUCUCCGUCGCGCCGGAAGGAUGAAACGCCUGAAGAGCUAGCACAACGAAAAGCAACUCUUUUACAUGCGUCUUUACAGCUUCCUUCGCCAACUACCCUUUAUGCUCUGUUCCUGCGGAGAAUGUCUCCAACCAUGCAAUUGUCUCUAGCUGUCUGCUCGACCCAGGGGCCUGCACUAUCAAAGUCGGCACCGCAAGCAUCUAUGCUAGCUCAACUAUCCCACGAUACGGGAAAAUACUGCAACGAGUAUUUAUUCAGUACAGACAAUGCCCUCUUCGGCUGGCGCGGUCUCUGGAACUUCGGCCCUGACCCUCGUUACACUCCCGACGAUGCUCCGCCUCGCUUGUCACUUCUCUCUGCUGGUGCAGAAGCAUAUUACUCCCCAAUUUCCUCUCUCAUUGGAAUGUCAACGGGGCUUCGGUUCAGCACUCUCCCCGCAGCAACUGAAACACCUUCGCCUUCAUCUUCAUCUAGUCCCCCAGCGCCAAUAUCCUCAUUCCCAUACACAUUGACACUCACCCUCACACCCAUCACUGGCUCUUUGUCCACAACAUACUCCCUCCGCGCCUCGCCGAACCUCGCCUUCAGCUCUCGAUUCGGCUUUAAUGUGUACAGUUGGGAAAGCGAGAUGGUUGCUGGCAUUGAACUCUGGCGCAACACCAAAAACUUCGCCAGCUCAGAUGACGAUCUUGAAUGGGCUCGUCGCAAAAUGCGCCUGCAUGAUUUCUCCGCCUCGCUGCCCGGUUCCCCGCCAGCAUCCCCACUACUCUCCGACCCGGUUCAUCCCGAGUCUGCACCGAGCCCAGAGAAUGAUUAUGGUGAGGCUACUGAUUCAGUGAUCAAGCUUCGCAUCGAUCAGUCCUGGAAUCUGCGUCUGCUGUGGGAAGGCCGAGUCAAAGAGCUCCUGGUGAGUGCGGGUGUCGGGCUGGGCCCGGGUUCAUUCUCCCUGUCACCAAAUGUUUCCUCCGGCGGCGCGGGGAGUGGGUCAACACAGAGUGGAGGUGGCGCUCCUUCAUACUGGCGCGGGGUUGGGGUUUCAGUGAUGUAUUCAUCAUGA